CAGUGUUAUCUUCCUAUUAGUACAAAAUGCUGCCUUGUUGUUGACAAUAAGAUAAAUUUUAUUAAAAUAAGUGAUAUUGUUAGUAUUUAAAUGUGAAAGAGAGUUAUUUAAUUAUUUAUAAUUAUAUUUAUUUAAGUAGUGUCAAUGUUGGAUUACCGGAGAUAUUAUUUUAUUUAAUUACACAAAAUGGACUUCAUAGUAGGCGGUCUGGCGGGGGCGGGGGCGACCAUCAUCACCAACCCCAUGGACGUGGUGAAGACGCGUCUGCAGCUUCAGGGCGAACUGCGGGUGCUGGAGCGAGGCUCCGCGCGGUACCGCGGCAUGCUGCACGCCUUGUAUCUGAUCGCCAGGACGGAUGGGGCCCUGGCGCUGCAGAGUGGGUUGGCGCCGGCUAUGCUGCUGGGGUUCUCUAUGAAUUCUGUCAGGCUAGGACUCUACCACAUAUCGGAAGUGAACGGCUGGACGCACACAGCCGAGGGUACGGUCAGCAUCCACAAGGCCAUGUUCUGGUCGUGCGUGGCUGGCGCCGCGUCGGGGGUCGCCGCCAACCCCGCCUCCGUCGUCAAGACGAGGAUCCAGGCCGCCGCGCACCCCAGCAUCGCGGUUGGGAGACAACAUCGGUAUAAAGGCACCCUGGACGCAUUCUCCACGAUCUACAGGACGGAGGGGGUCCGCGGCUACUUCGCGGGCCUCACCGCCACGUGCUCGCGCCUCGCCGUGGGCAGCGCCGCGCAACUCACCACCUUCUCUACCUCAAAACAAGCGUUGGUGUCGCACGGCGUGUGCGAGCAUUCGCCGUUCGCGCUCGCGUUCGCGGCGAGCGCGAUCAGCGGCGUGGUGGUAGCGCUAGUCAUUUGCCCCUUCGACGUAGCCACCGUCCGGCUUUACAACCAGGGUUCAGAGAAGACUCAGGGAGGUCUCCUAUACAACGGUGUCAUCGACUGUCUCCGCAAGAUAUACAGAACCGAAGGACUCUACGGUCUAUACAAGGGGGUCGGACCGCUGUACUUGAGAAUAGCGCCCCACACCACACUGUCUCUAGUCAUAUGGGAUAUGUUGAACAAUAUACUAGCCAAAGAUAGCUGAAACUGUA